AUGGCUGCCGCCGGUCUGCUCCCGGCGUCCGGGGAUCUGGACGUACUUCGCGGCAAACUGCGAGAGCUGAUGCGGUUUCUUCGCCAAGCCCUGCCCAUCGCCAACGCCCAUACGGUGGAGUUUUACACGGGAAUGCUGUGGGACCGUUUUGUGGAGGGGUCCCCCGACCAAGUGAUGGAAGUGAUGAGAUCAUUUGGACUCCAUGCAAAAGCCGCGCCUGCGCGCUGGGAAGAGCGCCCCCUGGAGGAAGCUGGGGGAAACUCAGGUAUUACUGAUUUUCCCAACAUAUUCUGUGAGAAUUCUCAGAAGCUGGUAAAUGUGGAGGCCUUUGCUUUAGCAGCUAAAUAUUAUUCUCUUCCAUGUUUUGGAGUAUGUACAUCUUUGGAACAUUUGCUUGUAACACUUAAAGGAAAUCAACAUCAAAGACUUGGUAAUAAGGUAAAGUCAGAUGAUUUUAUGAAUGCCAAAAAGUCUCAUGAAGUUCAGGUGAUGUCAGAACUUAUAGGAUGUUUUACAAACUUCUGUGGCAUAAAACAGGUCAUUGACCUUGGCUCUGGUAAAGGCUAUCUAAGCUCCUUUUUGUCCAUGCAGUAUGGCUUAAAGGUUUAUGGAAUCGAUUCCUCAAAUGUCAACACUCAUGGAGCUAAGGAAAGGAACAGGAAAUUGAAGAAACACUGGCGAGUCUAUCAAACAAGGUCAAGAGCUCAUAUCAGUAGCCUGGUUUUAGAGAAGGCAGAAGAAAAUACAACCCUAGAUGAACAGAAAUGUAAAGCAAAUAUCAAAGAAAAGCUCUUAAGUAUCAACAAUAGUCUUACAACUCAGCACACAAGCUCUAUCUCAGAUACAGUUCUGCCAGGUUUCACAGACACAAGGCAAACGGAAAAUCACUCUGAUCCUCUGCCACAAAGUGAUGGCAACUUCCUUCUGGAAAAUAAAUGUCCUCUUUUAAAUGUUUUGCCUAUUGAUGCCAUAGAACUUACUUCUCCAGCCACUAAAGACUACAAGAAAUUUUCUGAAGAGCAUAAAAGGAGGAAAAAUACAGUACCCAGCAAGGACCAAGCAAAGGAGUCAAAUGAAUCAAGCAUUUAUUCACCUUUAACCUCUUUUAUCACUGCAGAAUCUGAACUUCAUGACAUCAUUACAGAUUUGGAGGAUUGCAUCAUGGUGGGUCUGCAUACAUGUGGGGAUCUUGCUCCAAACACUCUUCGAAUAUUUACAUCCAAGUCUGAAAUCAAAGGAGUUUGUAGUGUUGGUUGUUGCUACCACCUAUUAUCUGAAAAAUAUGAAAAACAGUUCCAAGAUUACACUCUGGAAAUGUGGGGGUUUCCUAUGUGCCAGUUUUUAAAGGAAGAGGGCUGGUGCUGUGGUCGAAAUGCCAGAAUGUCAGCAUGCUUGGCUUUGGAACGUGUUGCAGUCGGCCAAGGGGUAGCCAUUGAAUCGUUGUUCUAUCGUGCUGUCCUUCAAGAGAUUAUUAAAGAAUGUUAUGGCAUUACUCAAUGUGAUAAACAUGUUGGAAAAGUUUAUUCUAAGUCUGCUUCCUUUUUGGAUUAUGUCAGAAAAUCUCUAAAGAAGCUUGAAUUAGAUGAAUCUAAGCUUACAGACCAAAAGAUAAUGGAUUACUAUGAGAAGUACAAGCCCAGAAUGAAUGAACUGGAAGCAUUUAAUAUGUUGAAAGUUGUUUUGGCCCCUUGCAUAGAGACGUUGAUACUUAUGGAUCGACUUUGCUAUCUUAAAGAACAGGACAACAUUGCCUGGUCUGCACUCGUGAAGUUAUUUGAUCCUGUGAAAUCCCCCAGAUGCUAUGCUGUUAUUGCUCUGAAGAAAUAGCCAUGCUUUCAAGUGGAAGCAAGUUGUUAGACGGAACCAGGCUGGAGAGCUGAUGCAAUGAUUGCUUUUCUAACCAUCUCUUUGUAGUCUGGCAUUAAUAAUAACAGCUGCCAGUGAUGAUUUCUACAUGGAUUUUUAAAGAAACAAAUAAUAAAUAAAUAAAUAAACCAUGAAAAAA